UGUAUAGAUAUCAGAGCAUUCACUUACUUCCAAAAUAACAUCCAACAACUUAUGGAAGUACACAUACGUAAGAACUAAAACAUUAAAGGAAAAUCAAGAUGAGGAAAAGAAUAUUCAACAAUUUCAAAACCUUACUAUCUAGUGCCUCCAAUAAUAUUUUCCAUGUCAAUAAGUUACAUUCUUAUCCAAAUUUCACUAAGAACGUGUACCAAGUAAACAGAGGACCCUACAAGAGUUUAGAAGAACAUCAUUUAACCUUUUUCAGGGACGUAUUAGGUGAAAAUGGUAUGAUAGUGGAUCUGUGCGAUUUGGAAAAAUAUAACGUCGAUUUCACAAAACAGUUAAGAGGAUGCAGUACGCUGGUAUUGAGACCAACAACAACACAACAGAUAUCCAAAAUUUUAUCGUUCUGCAACCACAACCAUUUGGCUGUAUGCACUCAAGGUGGCAAUACAGGAAUAUGUGGAGGUGCUACGCCAGUUUUUGACGAAGUUAUUCUUUCAACAGAGCUAAUGAACAAAGUCAUACAUUUGGAUGAGCUGUCUGGAGUUUUAACUUGUGAGGCAGGAUGUGUGUUGCAACAACUAAAUGAUUUUCUUGUUGAAAGAGAUCUGAUGAUGCCCAUUGAUCUAGGUGCUAAAGGAUCUUGUCAGAUUGGGGGAAAUUUGUCUACAAAUGCAGGAGGUAUCAGAUUAUAUAGGUACGGCAAUCUUCAUGGCAAUGUUCUUGGGCUCGAAGUUGUCAAAGCAGAUGGCGAAGUGCUUGAUUGUAUGAAUACUCUUAAGAAAGAUAACACAGGUUAUCAUCUUCAACACUUGUUCAUUGGUUCUGAAGGCACCCUAGGAAUCAUAACAAAAGUUGCAAUCCAGUGUGCACCAAAACCAAAGUCAGUACAUCUUUUGUUUUUAGGUGCACAAAACUUCACAAAGGUCCUGAAGGCCUACAAGAAGGCCAGAUAUGACCUGGGUGAAAUUAUUUCUGCUGUUGAGUGUAUGGACCACCAAACCAUGGAACUGGUUGAGGAACACAGUGAAUUAUCAUCUCCAAUAGGACCCUACCCAUUUUAUCUCAUUAUUGAGACUUCUGGUAGUGAAUCUGUCCACGAUCAAAAAAAGCUUGAAGGCUACUUCAAUGGAUGCAUGGACAAGCAUUUCAUAUUGAAUGGUGUGGUUGCUACAUCUGCGGCGCAAAGAGAAAAAUUGUGGUCCAUACGUGAAGGGAUUGCCCAUAGUAUGUACCAAGAUGGCUAUGUUUUUUCUUACGACAUUUCGUUACCAUUUUCAAGUUACUAUGACUUUGUAACAGAAAUGAGGGAGUAUAUGGGAAAGAAAGCACACAGAGUUUUUGGUUUUGGCCAUUUAGGUGAUGGAAACAUCCAUCUGCAGAUUUCCAUUAAAGAGUUCUCAAAUGAAAUUUUGAAUUAUAUUGAACCUCAUAUUUAUAAUAGAGUUGAUGAGUUACAUGGAAGUAUUAGUGCUGAACAUGGAAUUGGAUUUUUGAAGAGGAAAUAUUUGCCGAAGAUUAAGUCAAGUGAGAAUUUAUCUACGAUGAGAAAGUUGAAGAUGUUGAUGGAUCCUAAAGGAAUAUUAAAUCCUUAUAAAGUGUUGUGAAUCGAUAAGAAUUUGAUUGGAUCUUGCUGUAAAUAAAGAGAUUGUAUGAUAUGAA